AUGUAGUUAAAUUAAUCUAUUGGCGAAUACUAAAUAUUGGGAACUAUCUAAGCUUAUCCAUAUCUUAAAGUAUAUACUUUUCAAAAGGAAUUAGGUGUAUUAAGCAAAAAAUCGUAAUGAUGGACAAAAUUACACCAUAAAAAUUACAGAUUCGUAGUAUUCUUCAUUGUGUGAACAUGAGAAAGAAAUACUAAAAAAAUUUGUUUCACCUAAUAUUAUCAAAUUUAUAGAUUAAAGGUUGGAUCAAUAAUAUUCAUUAACUAUUUUAGAAAAUUGUGAUAGUAAAAUUUAUUAUUUAUAUAAAUUAGAAACACUAGAAGAUUUUUGGUAAUAAAACAAUUAAAAAUUUUCAGAAGGUCUUGCUUUAGAUAUAUUUAAAGAGAUUUUAGAUGGAUUAGAAAAUUUAGAAUAAUAAAAUAUUGUUCAUGCUGAUUUAUGUAUGAAAAAUAUAUACAUAAAUUAAUGUCAUUAUAAAAUUGCAAAUUUUGAAUGUGCACACUUUAAUUAAAGAGUACUAUAAUGAUAUAAGAAUUUAGUUUUUGAUUAAAUCAUAAAAUAGUUAUUAUGCUCCAGAACUUUACACCCCUGUGGAUCUUACAUCAAAGGCAGAUAUAUUUUCUCUUGGUUGUAUACUAUUUGCAAUGAUCUUUGGUUAAAAUCCUUUUAAUUAAGAAAGUUCUAAUGAUUAUCUUGUGUAGAUAUAAAAAAGUAAUUUAAUUCUAUUAAAUUUUAAGGUUAGCUCUUGAUAAAUGAAUAGAUUUCUUAGUCAUUAAGUCCAUUCAUUAUAUAAUUAAUAAAAAGAAUGGUUUAAUAUAAUCCAACAUAAAGACCAGGAAUUUAUGAAAUUAAGCAAGAAUUAUUGAAUAAUAUGGGGAUAUAAGAAUCUUAAAAUAGUUUAUUUACUACUUAAUCACCUUAAUUAAAUCCAGAACUUUGGGGAAUAAUUCAAAAUAAUAUAUUUGAAACUCAAGAUUUUACAAAAGAAUUUGUUGAAUCUAUAUCUAAAAGGGCAUUAUUUUAUUUUGAAGUGGCAGAAAAAUUUGGUGGAAAAGAAUUUUAUAAUUGGAAAAAGACUAUGUAUCCAAGAUUUAUGAUGUAUAAGAAAAGUUAUUAUGAAUUAAUAAAUUUUACACAAGAAAUCAAAUAGAAAUGUAAAGCACCUGAUUUUGUACUCCAACUUGAAAAGAAUGAUAAAACCAUAUUUAAAUUAAAAGGUGUUUUGGACUAAGUUUUGUAAAUGUUAAAGUAUUUCAUAUUAUCUAUCUUUAGAAAAGAAAAUGAAUACAAGUAUCAAAUUAACAAUUGGGAAAAAGAACUUAAUACUGAUUUUACUCCACUAUUUAAUAAUAAUUAUUAAAAAGCUCUUUAAUUUUUAAUAGGGUAUUUUCAAUUAUCUUAAAUACCAUUUUCAAAAUAAUAAAAACAAACAUAAAAUUUAAAGGAUAUGUUAAUUCUAUAUAUAUAAGUUCAAAUAUGUUAAACUUAUAACCCAUAUCAUGAUGAUAAAUUAAAUAAGACAGAAGAUUUAUAGAAGUUGCCUGAUUAAACAAUAGAAUUCCUUUUUUAAAAGGCUGGAUAUGAAAAAUGA